AUGGUGGUGUUUCACGACAAGGUGGAGAUUGAGGACUUCCAACAUGACGAGGACUCGGAGAAGUACUUCUACCCCUGCCCAUGUGGGGAUAACUUCUGCAUCACCAAGGAUCAGUUUACAUGUGGAGAGACAGUCCCAACCCCUUCCACCAAUGAAGAACUAGUUAAAUGUUGA